AUGUCCCUCUUCAUUAUUAUGAAUGCCAUGAUGAAACAACCGCAAUCCCUCACCAAGACGAGCAAUCCCGCUUUGAUCCGCAGAAGACGCGAGCGCAGUCACCCUCACGCUCACCCCUAUCACGUCGAUGUUGACACUCUGGAGUCGAGCAUUUUUCCGCCCCGAAGAUGUAAUUUCGCCCGGAGAGCCCCCGGUUCCAGCCAUCGAAUCCGACACAACAUUCAGGAUGUCCAACAAACAGGAUUGCCACUCUGCGAUGUUGUCUUGUUCCAGAAUGCAGGCAUUCCGAGCCCCUUGGCCUGUAAGCCUGCGAGUCUCAGUCUCUCACAAUUAAAGGCGGGUUCGCGCGCCCCAUCUUCGCAUUCACCAGCCACUCCAGCGUGUUCCAUCAGAUCGCGUUCUGCCAGGGCGGGUAUGAAGGAUGCAUAUGAAGCGCGGACGUGGCGAAACAGACUCAGAAGACAUUCCGUAAGAUCCAAUCCAGUCCCGGCUAGACCAAAGACAUAUUUACUAAUCCGCAACAGAGAUCUCCCAGAACACUCGAGUCAAGUCCAUGUUGCACGUCCUGCUUCACAAAAGAAACUCCCAAGUGGCGCCAAGGUCCCUUUGGAUCACACACCUUGUGCAACGUAUGCGGCCUCCUCUACGCCAAACGUGAAGCCCGAGUGCGAUCCGUCAUGGUUCAAGGGGAACUUGACAGACUCUCUCACCUCUUUUAAGUCAAUGCGACUGCGACCACUGUUACGAUCACGGCUUUGUGUCCUUUUUCUUUUUGCUUUUGUUUUUCUGUUGAAUCGUGAUUCCCCGGUAAUUGGUCUUUGUUUUUUUUGGGUUUACGUGAGUGAUGAGGCGAAUGGUUUCUAUACCCCGGCGCAGUUUUAG